UUGUCUGGACUUGUCCUCUCCUCACAUGUCUGGCUUUCUAAGACCUACGACCCUCCUAGGUUUCCACAGUGCUGUUUCCCUCUAGUCUAUUCUGCUCCUCCUGCCAUGGUCCUUCUUCUACAUGCAGACAGAAUUCUAUCGGGUCACUCGGUCAUGGCAAACAUUCUGAACAUUCUGCCUCCUCUGGAAUAACAAAAAAUGUAAAGGAACUGUGCCCUUAUGCACUUCCCCUCCUGUGUUUGAUAACACUGAGCCCCGCUGCAACACGUGCCUCUAGCACCGCCUUCAGCAGGAUGUGCUCCAGGCUCAUUGGUUGUUUAGCCUUGUUUACAGGGAAGUCCAGUCAUGUUUUUGUUCUCCAAGUGUUGAAGUUUUUCAGCAUUUUCCAGGCUGCUCAAACAAAGAGCGGUGAGCGGAGAAACAGAGUUCAGCAGACUGGACUCGUCUCCCAUCAGCUGCAGCCUCAGCCCACCCCAGGACAGACCAUCAUGCUGUCACCGCGGGCAGAGACCACGCCUAUUCCUGUCCCCACCCAGGUGCGGAACUACCAGCGGAUCAAGCAGAACCUGUCCAGCAGCCCGAGUCCCACUCUCUACAGCUCCCCCAGGUCAGGAACAGUAAGGCGCUCCAACACAAGUCCUAUGGGCUUUCCAAAGGUGGGCUCGGGGUGUCCCAGUUCAGCGGACACCCCUCAGACGGCAGGCCGGCGCCUCUCUACUGGGAGUUCUCGGCCUUACUCCCCUUCACCUCUAGUGGGUACCAUCCCUGAACAGCUCGGCCACUGCUGCUGCCACUUGCAGAACCAGGAGCCUCGCAGCCGCAGCUCUUCAGGAGGUUCUCCGGUUCCCUCCUCUCAGCUCCUAGGAGUACGUCUCCAAAGCGCCCCGACGCUGACCGACUUCUACCAGACCAGGCAGAAGCUCCAUAAGCAGCUGUCUGACCCCGUGCAGCCUUCCUCUUGCUCCUCCUCAUCCUCUUGCAGUCAUUCCCCCCAGCUUUGCCGCCCAGCCAAUCUUGGCUCUUCCCCCACCAAAUUGUUGGGGUCUUCACCACGCACGUCUGACUGGCUUCAAAAGUCCCCAUUGCCCACCAUCAUUGGUUCCCCCACCAAGACAAUUUCUGCACCAUUCAAGAUCCCCAAAACGCAGGCAUCCUGUAACCUGAUGGCGCUGGCAGACAGUCCGCUUCCUAGCAGGAUACUGGCAGACUGUCAAGACGUCUGCAUCCACCACUGCAGCCCAUACCUGACAGGGCGGGCGGCACCCCCAGAGGCCAGCAGAACCUUCGGCAGGUCUGUCAGUACAGGUCGACUGUCUGAUCAACCAAUCAGGAUCACUCUGGGUGGACAGGCCUACCAGGGCAGCACUGACAGCCUGAACGCUGAGCGACCCAUGGACACAGCCCCUAGCAUGGCUCAAGGAGGAUCAGCCAGUCCCCGUACUGUCCUCUUCACCGUGGGCUCACCGCCCAGCAGUAGCACGCCUCCGACCUGCAGCCACCUGGGUGCCAGACCUCGCACCACCUCUGUGGGCUCCAGCAGUUCAGCGGGCUCCUUGUGCUCCACCAGCGGUCGGGUAUGUGUGGGGUCUCCCCCAGGCAUGACCAUGGGUUCCUCUCCACCAGGGAGUCUAGGUAUUGGGCAAGGUGUUCUGGGAGCAGAUGGAGGACCCAGCAGCCUGCGCUACAUUCCCUAUGGGAUGUCUCCCCCCAGCAUGGAGGGGUUCAUCACUUUUGAAGCCCCAGAGCUGCCUGAGGAGACCCUGAUGGAGCGGGAGCACACAGACACCCUGAUUCACCUUCGGAUGAUGCUUUCCUUCACUGACUGCAUUCUGGAGAUGGCGACGCUCCGAGCUGGAGGGGCGGAACUCGGCAUGUCUGCUGCUCCCCUGUACCCCCCUCAGGAUAGUGUGGUUAUGGACCAGAUCAGCCAGCUCAGUAAAGAGUGGGGGCAGGUGGAACAGUUGGUGCUAUACAUGAAGGCAGCUCAGCUCCUUGCUUCCUCUCUCCAUCUGGCAAAGGCUCAGAUCAAAUCUGCCAAGCUGAAUCCCUCAACUGCUGUCAAACAAGUGGUCAAGAGUUUGAAUGAGCGCUACAAAAGCUGCAUUGCCUUCUGUCGACACCUGACCGACAAACUCAACCACUUCUUCUCUGACAAGCAGCGCUUUGUCGACGAGAUCAACAGCGUGACUGCAGAGAAGCUCAUCUACAACCACGCCGUGGAGAUCGUUCAAUCUGCAGCUCUGGAUGAGAUGUUUAAACAAACAGAGGACAUAGCGUACCGCUACAGCAAGGCUGCCAUGUUGCUGGAUGGCCUCUCCAAGAUCCUGCAGGACCCCGCUGACACUGAGAACGUGCUGAAAUAUAAAGCCAGUGUGGAACGCAGGAUCUCCUCUUUGUGUUACUGUACAGUGACACUGUAUGAGUAGCAGGCGCCACCUGACCCCCAUAGCGGGACCACACCCUAAAGAGACUCUGGAACUGAGGAACACUCUCCCAGCUUCCUGUUCCUUCCUGUAGCAGCUCAAGCACUUUUCAUUUGUUCAUUCUUUGUUUUGGAGAGAAUUUUUGUGGCCGUUCGUCAUCAGUUUGUUGUACUGGCUGUGUUUAAAUAACGGCAGAAUUUUUAAUCUAAUUCUGGGGCGCUCAGUCUGUGUUGCAGACUGAGCUCUGAGUGAUGCACAUUAUUCCAACCAAAGAUGACAACAAAUCAAGAAAAUGGUAAAACAGAUGUGGACAUCAAAGCAUUCUUUUAAAGAUGAUUUUUAAUAUGAUGGGGACAUCCCAUCAGGUUACCUUAGAAAUCCUGGAUAUUAUCGGUUUCUAGCAGGAACAAAGAGGAUUCACAGGACUCUGAGACAGUGCUGUGGACUAAAAAGACUUGAGCUCUGGUUGGAGAAACAAAUAUGAGAUUGAAUCGGUGAUCUUUACUCUUGUUUCAGUUUUAGUGUAUUUAUUUGGAAAUUAACAGACUUCUCUGCCUUUCAAGAAAACCUCAAGUAUUACAGAUGAAGGAAAACCAUCUCAAUGGACAAAAAGGAAAAAAAAACACGAGCUUCUGUUACAUGAACCCGACAGCCAUGAGAGCAAAGGAUACUGUAGAUUUGUAAUCACUUUGUUUUAACUUUGUGUUUUAAACUCCAGCACUUUAUUAAAGAACAGGAGGAGGGGACAAUGGGAAGAAUAAUGUGAAGACGGGGUGGACGCUUUUCUCAUCACUCUUUUACUCACCCUGAUGCAUGAUCAAUAAGUCCUCACAUAUACAUAUGUUCAAUUGGAUGAGUGGGCUGCAGUUUGCAGCUAUUUUAAGGCCUCUGACCUUUUUUCUAUUAAUAACAGAGCAACAUUUUGAAAAACAGAGCAACAUUUUGAAAGCUUUGCUUCUGUCUUGUUGAUCAUGUAGCUGACAGUAAGGUGUAGUCAAGGUGGGGUUCGGUUAGGAGGGACUGAAUCUUCUCACAUGAGCAUCCAGAUGUGUUGAGUGGAUGCUUGUCCUUCUCCUGCAGCCAGCGCGCUGUCCACUGCAAACCCUGCUGAAGUGAAGCUGAUCUGUUGCAUUACAUCACAAGUUCCAACAAUAAGAUUAAUUUUCCUAAAGAAGACAAAAACUUAUCAAAUGUAGCUUUUUGUCUCAUCAGCACUGUAGCUCAUUUUUAAUAAAACUAAACUUGUUUGUAAACUUGUAUAUAUCUGAAUGUGCUGCAUGUCAGGGUUCCCCUUUUUGAGGGGGCCCUGUGUUUGUGAGAUCUUCCUGAGGGCGGCAGUGGCUGCAGCCUAUCAGUCAAAGAGCACAAAUCUUUAUAUGUAGAUAGAUUAAUUUCUAUUGCUUGUAUUUGUGUUUGCCAAGGGUUUGAUAAGAAGACCAAUCUUUGGCACACCUGGCGUGUGCCAAAAAUUGCAACAAAACUCAUGGCAGCUCCAAUCUUUCUACCAGGACUGCUUGUUGUUGAGAUCACAUUCUUUAGCUCAUUUAGAAGGCAACCCGUCCAUCAUUUCCUCCCACUCUGGAUUCAGAGUUUUCUCAUGCGUCCCCCUGCCUCCCUCUGAAGUCAUGUGCUGCGCUCCAAACACUAUGUGAGAGCUGCCAGGUGUGCAUUAAGGUCAGUACUAUCUAGAUAGAGCAGGAGGUGCCUUCUCCUGAAAGCAAACACAGGCCUACUCUGUGGAGGUGUGAACAUGUUUAUCUGUGUAAAAAGAAAAACUCUGAGGAGUUUCAGGACCUAUAUUCCAGAUGUACUGUUCUUUAUCUAAACAUAUCCCUGUGUGAGUUAUUCCCUACUCUUUGCCAUGACCUCUGAUCAACAUGAAGCCUUUUACUGCAUACAAACUAAAGAGGGAACUGAUGAGGUGAGAGUGGGGGGGACACAAUCUGCAUAGUUUUGGACUGUAUUAAAACAUGGAGCGUUUUAGAUGAAGCAUGGGUACCAACUCUGUAUCUGACCCUGUAGAACCUCGAGAAUGUUGAAUGUAUCUACCCUGUUGUUUUGCACCUCUCCAGCUUGAACUGAAUGCCUAUUGAAGUCGGUCACAACUGUUAUUAGACUGACUGAGCACCAGAUUUGCAAAGUGAAAUGUUAACGUUCUACUCCUUUGAUUCAAAGCAGUCUCCCUUUGUUCUUGAUGGAACUCAAUUACAGUGUUUGUAAUUAAAAUAAAUCAAAAUGUGUGUUAAUUUUCUUUAUAAGCUUAGAAAAAAUUGCUUUAAUUUUUUUUAUCCAAUAACAAGCUUAUGUUUUUAUGUUUCAUAUUAUAACUGAAGUACAUAUACCUACUAAUGUUGAGCAUCUCACGAGGAGGAUGUGGGUUAUAUUGGCAUGUAGAGAAGUGAUAAGUUUCAUAAAAGGUGGACUAUUAACUGGCAUGAUGAUUGCCUUAUGUUUUAUGUAUCAGAAAUAUCUCAUUAUUACUAAAUCUUUC